UACUUAUGUUUUGUUUUUCAACAACAUAUCUCACUGUUCAGGAUGAUACGUAAAGUGUUCUGUUUGAAAAAGAAUAAAUGCAUACCGUGUUUAAUAUUCUGUUUGGUUAUUGCAGGAGCAUGGCUUUACUUGAAGUUAGGGAUGCGAUAUCUACCGGAAAUAGAAAUAUUUACAGACAAAUGUAAGACUGAUGGACGAUACAUUAUAAUUUAUAACAAAUCACGGCAUGGUGGUUGUCGAACCAAUGAAACAAAACUAUUACACACCGAUUAUAGUACAAAUAAUUCAACUCCUAUGCCGUCCAUCCCGGUAUAUCCAUUGUUCCAGUCAGCAAAAGAAGAGGAAUUUCCAACAACAAACGGACAAAUACCACGUAUUCCUCACAUCAUACACCAAAUUUUCACAGACGAAAUGAUACCAGAAAUGUAUAUAAAACAUAUUAAAUCUUUCAUAAAACACAAUCCUACGUGGGAUUACAGAUUCUGGACCUAUCAAUCCGGUCGAAGACUUCUGCUAAAAACCCAUCCAUAUCUUGUUAAGUUAUAUGACAAAUUUGGAAAUAGUGUCAAGCGAUCCGAUCUACUUCGUUAUGCAGUGCUGUAUGAGUUUGGCGGAUUUUAUGCAGAUUUAGACACGGACAACCUGCGUCCCCUAAACAUAACUACAAUGAAAUACGCUUGCGUUGUUCCAGUUGAACCAUUUGAACAUAGUGCUUUGCUAUACAAUAUGGUCUUUGUAGUGAACAACGGAGUCAUGAGUUGCCGUGCAAAACAUCCGUUUUUCAAGCUGCUUUUAUCAAACUUACGAUGGGCCACUCCAAGUGGCAACCCUGUGGAAACCACAGGUCCUGGGUAUGUUACAAGAACAUUUAUUCAGUAUAAUCAUAUCGGUCUCGUAGACACUGGUAGGAACAAAACUGACUGGACCAGCAAUUCUCCCUAUUUCUAUAAAGGAGAACUGAGAGAGGAUGAUAAUAACUCUGUAUACGUACCUAAUUCACAGUAUUUCAUGGACAAAUUGGAUCCUAUACAUGUAAAAGAAGACGGGAAAUUCACACAACUCUGUAAAAGUAUGGAAACUUUAUCACUUCUGAAACAAAGAGCGUGUUCGGAGUUUUACAGACGGGAAGAUAUUAGAGAGAAAAAGAAAUAUACAUUCACUGUACAUCAUUGGUAUCAUUUAUGGUUAAUGAACAAAACGUCUAUUUAUCGACUGAAAAAGAUCAGUAUAAAUGAUAUUGCUCCAAAUUGUAUUCUAUAUAAUGGAUGAAACAUGAAUGUGAUAGCCACAUGUUACUGUUCUUCCAAUGCAUGUAUAACACAUGUUGUCACUACUGCUAAUAAUUCGCACAUUAAAUGUAUAUGGUAAAACAUUUUCUAUCGCAUCCAUGAGUCAUUCUAACAUUCGUAUUUUAAUUUGGCACAUAAUUUCACCAAAUGCAUCCCCGAGGCUUCUUAGAAAAAUGCAGUCAUGGUAGUUUUUCUCACUAUCCUGAUUUGAAAACAGAUACCACCCAAUUUGCACUUUGAAAUGAUUCGGAUAACCUUUGCUUCUGUAUUCAUUUUCUCUGAAGAAGAAAACUGUAAAUAUAAAACAAAUCUUAUUAGAUGAUCGAAUAAAUCCUCCAGUUAAAAGAUUAACACAAAGUUUAGCAAGAAAUCCAGUUUUUGUUGUUGAAAUGCAUGCAUCAGGCAAGCUGUAAAUUUUAUUAGGCACUAAGAAACGCCCGGUUUAUUCUUUCCCUGUGGAUAAUGCAACCGGUUGAUUUCAAACCUCUCCCCCUAAUAAGUUAUUCCCUCUAGAUUGUGUGCACAAACAAGGGCGUAAAAACUGAUCGAUUGAUUGUUUCGCCAUGGUAACUCCACACCAACCUAGUUCUUACCUUUUACAUAAAUGGAUAAAACAAACCAGUUGUUUUGUUUUUAAUCCAAAUCAGUUAAGUUUUCCACUUCAAUUUUUUGUACAUAAAUAAAGGAGGUAAAAAAACCUGACCGGUAGGUUCUUUCUCCUCCGGUAUGUGAGUUUGCUAAGUACAUGAAGAAUAGACGUGAAAUGUAUGGUGGCAUAUUUCUGCAUACGGUAAUCAUAAAAUCUUCAUGAAAAUUUUAUGAAAUUUUGAGAAAAAAAAAAUACUUUUCGCGAAAAAUUGAAUAAAGUUUCGUGAAUUUAGGAGAAGGUUUUCAUGAAAAUAUUAUCUGGUUCUCGAGACUAUAUGUCAAAAUAGUGUCCAGUACUGCAUAAAGACUACUUCUGUUUUCAUGAAAAAAAGUUUUGCGAAAAUACAUGUUUUGUUGCCAUAUUCUACAUAAUUGAAGAAUUGAAGAAAUAUGAUACCACCGAAAAGCUAAGAAAUUAAAUAACUUAUUUCCCCCAAUAAUACAUAUCUACAAACCUUAAAAACAGAUGUAAAGAGGCAGAUAGCACCAGUUGAUUCUUCCCCUAACCACUGUCAAAAGUUCUUUAAUUGACUGCUUUAGGAAAAAGUUGAAAACGCAUUUCUUCAGAGACUACUUUGCAUUAUUCUAAGUUUUGACUGAGUUUUAAAACAGUGAUGCUGGUGACAGUGAUAGAAAUUUAAUGUUUGUCUGUGAUAAUUGUAUGUUAGUAAUAUUUUAAAAUAUGGUAUUAUCAUUGACUUUAAAUUAAUAAUUGCUAUUUUGAUUCGUUUUAAUUAAUCUUAUUUAAAAUAUUUUAUAUUUAAUAUUUUAUUUCAACUUGUAUUGUAAAACGCCAUUGAAUAUGUUUUAAAUGUAGAAAUAGGCGUUUAAGCAAAUAAACCAGUUUCAGUUUCAGUUUCAGUUU